GCUCGACACACUUGGUUUCUUUCCUGGCCUCAGUUUUACUGGUGUAAAGUUGGUUUGAGUUAUGUUCACCUCAAACAAAGGUUGUUGAGGGGAUUGGAUGAUGUCACACACGUAAAAGCAUUCAGCACAAGGCCUGAUACACCGCGGGUGCCCAGGAUAACCUAUCUAAAAAGGACACAAUCCUUCCUGGCUUGUAAAAUUGCUUUCCAGUCCCUCCCACACAUGGUUUGAUUUAAUGAUAGUCACUUCGGAGGCGCGCAUUGUGUGUCCGGCUCAGGACCGUGCUUCCAUAGGUGACCAUUGCCAUCCAUCUAUUUCACAAGUAGGGAAACAGUCCCAGAGAGGAGACGGGAAGAAAUUCUUUUUUUUUUUAUUGAGACAGAGUCUCUCUUUGUCGCACUCUACUUCUUCGGAGGUCACUGCUGCAGACCAAGCAGAGCCAAUACUGGGUCAGUGCCAGGCAAAACCCAGGUCUCUCGCCUCCCAAGGGGAGAUAAUUUCGGGGUUAGGAACCGGUCUGGGGAGGGGACUUAUCUCAACCACGUGCAGGCCCAACUUUGAGUCAUCUAAGUGCGGGGUGGGGUGGCAGUCACACCCAAAGGCCCGGUGGCGAGGGGACCGCUGACACCCUGACUCCGCAGUUUUGACUCUGACUUCCCGGAUAGACCUGUCUGGUUGGUGCAGGUUAGGGAAUGGGCAUCUGGGCGGCUCUGUAACCUUGGAGGGCAGAGAUUGGAAGGGGUUAUCAAGGGACUGUUCUGACCCUGGGUAGGGAUGUCUGACUGCGAUGGGGGUUCAGGAUGGACGCUGUUGGAAGAUACCCAGUCGGGGUGGAGAAGUCUUGUGAGUUGUUAGGAGGUAUCAGUAUGAGAUCAGGAAGUACUGGUUUCUAACGCGGGAAGAAACUUAUAGAUAGGGGGCGGGGUUUCUGUUGAAUAGGUGUGUGUGUGUUUGUGUUCCAGUCGGGAGCAUAAGACAUCACAGUUGAGAAUGGAUGUCUCAUGCCCUAUUCCCGAUUGCCACUAGGAGUGGGGGACAAUCUAAUGGAGGAGUGUCUAGGUUUCGAUUGUAAGAGGGCUAGGCACUCCCAGGAGUCGGGAAUGUGGUUGUGGCCCUUUGCCGCGAACAGCUGGGGCCAGUGGAAAUGUGGCUUUCUAGGUCGUAAUGAAAAGAGGGCUGUACUCUAUGAGAUGAAUAGUUCCAAGAAGUUGUGACAGGGGGCUACAGGGACACGGAGGCUUAAGUCGAGAGAGGGAAUUAGGGACCUUAGAACCCGGCGAUAUUUCAAACCCCAGACGCGGCGUCGCACUCAUUCUGCGCAAGCGCAGCACAGGCAAGCCAAAACACUUCAGUUAGGGGCAGGGCUUGAAGGCAUUCUGCGCUUGCGCGUAAGGGGCGUGGCGGUCGCACCUGCGCGAGUUGAGGGACGGAGGAGGGGCGAGGUGACGCAGGCGUAAUAAUAGAGAAGGUGCCAGAAAGAUCCAAAACAAGUGGCUGCGGCCGUCACCCGGGAGUCUUCGGACGCCGGAAUCUGGUGAGGAGGCCUCAGUUCUGAGUUUGUACUGCCUCCCUUCCCUGGGAAUGGCGUUGUCUGGGUCGACCCCGGCCCCCAGCUGGGAGGAGGAUGAAUGCCUGGACUACUACGGGAUGCUGUCGCUUCACCGUAUGUUCGAGGUGGUGGGCGGGCAGCUGACCGAGUGCGAGUUGGAGCUCCUGGCCUUCCUACUGGACGAGGCCCCCGGCGCUGCUGGCGGCUUGGCCCGCGCCCGCAGCGGCCUGGAGCUGUUGCUGGAGCUGGAGCGCCGCGGGCAGUGCGACGAGAGUAACCUGCGGCUGCUGGGUCAACUCCUGCGUGUGCUGGCCCGCCACGAUCUGCUGCCUCAUCUGGCGCGCAAGCGGCGCCGGCCAGUGUCUCCAGAACGAUAUAGCUAUGGUACCUCCAGCUCUUCAAAGAGGACAGAGGGCAGCUGCCGUCAUCGUCGUCGGCAGUCAAGCAGUUCUUCAGAUUCUCGGCAGGAUCAGUGGGAGACAGGCUCCCCUCCAACCAAGCGGCAGCGGAGGAGUAGGGGCCGGCCUAGUGGUGGUGCCAGACGGCGGCGGAGGGGGGGUCCAGCUGCCCCACAACAGCAGCAGGAGCCAGCCAGGCCCGCUUCCGAAGGCAAAGUGACCUGUGACAUCCGGCUCCGGGUUCGAGCAGAGUACUGCGAGCAUGGGCCAGCUUUGGAGCAGGGCGUGGCAUCCCGGCGGCCCCAGGCGCUGGCACGGCAGCUGGAUGUGUUUGGACAAGCCACUGCAGUGCUGCGCUCAAGGGACCUGGGCUCCGUGGUGUGUGACAUCAAGUUCUCAGAGCUCUCCUAUCUGGACGCCUUCUGGGGUGACUACCUGAGUGGUGCCCUGCUGCAGGCCCUGAGGGGUGUGUUCCUGACUGAGGCCCUGCGUGAGGCCGUGGGCCGGGAGGCUGUCCGCCUGCUGGUCAGCGUGGACGAGGCCGACUAUGAGGCUGGCCGGCGCCGCCUGUUGCUGAUGGAGGAGGAGGGGGGGCGACGCCCGACAGAGGCCUCCUGAUCCUGGAUCUAGCAGGACUGACUCCACCUCUGAGUCUUCGUGCCACUUUUCCCCUGGAGGACAACCAUCUCUGCCCCUACAGCACUGUCACUUCAGCAGCUCUGAGGACUAUGGCAGGACCAGGACAUAGGGGCACACCCCUUGACAACCCGCCCCUUGACAGCCCCUUCCACAGGAUGUGGGCUGUGAGGCUUAAACCACUUCCAGCUGAGUUUCCUUCCCAAAUUCCCCCCACCCCUGUGUGUUUCAUCAGCCUCAGGAGGCCAGGAGCACCUGGGUCCCCAAAGGGAGGGAGGCAAAGCCACACACCAACAACCCCUCUGCACAUUCUGUCUCUGAUCCUGGGCUGUCUGCACAUGCACGGGUGCACACACAUGCGUGCAAACACACACACACUCAUACUCACACACUUCCCCCACUGAAGUCUUCCCACGGCCCCUACCCUGGCCUGUUCCACACACUUCUUUGGCCUAAUGGCUUAUCUCUCAGGAUCUCUAAUUUGACCACCCCCAACCUGGACUUCAGCCACAUUAGUGGGCACUGGAGCCAGGGUGCACGAGGGGCCUGCUCACCUUGUUUGCACAGCUCUAGCCAGGGCUCUGCCCAGCUUUCACCACCCCCCUCCAACUUCCCCGAGCUAGACAGACUUGUAUUCAUACCCUCACAUGUGGAUGUUGUGGCAGCAUCAGACUAAGGCGUACUGUUGUCCAGAGGCCAGGACCAGAAAACUACUGCCUUCUUGAAAAGGGAAAAGAAAAGCUUGGGGGCUGAUGAGAAAGGCCUUUCUCAAAUGGCACCAAUAAAACUGCCCUGGAAGGGGGCAUAGGUGAGCAUCAGGCUUUCUAGAACUCUUUUUAAAGCUGCAGUCUUACUGUGUUGCCCAGGCUACUCUCAAAAUUCUGGGCUCAUAUAUGGUCCUCCCCUUUGAUAAGUGCCUCGAAGUAGCUGGUGCUAGGGAAGGAGCGUUCAUGUCCCAGUGUUAGGGGCUGAAGGGUGGGCAGGAUACUGGGUCAUCUGCCAUCUGGUACCACAUGCUUGUCCUACUCUCCAGGCCUCAGUUUUCUCAUCUGUCAAAGUGGGAAGUACAGUAAGUACUGCCUUGGAGUUACAAAGUCUUCCAACCCUGUUCACAUGCUUUGCUCCUGUAUGUCCUGGUGGGGUUGAGGGGUGUUCCAGGAUUUUCAACUACUUGAGUGAGGUAGGCCAGCAACCCCCAAGGCUAAU